AUGAGACUCCUACCUCUCCUGUGGGUUGCUGCCGCGGCUUGCGGAGCCGCAGCACUGCCUAGCGGCCACGAUGGCAUCACACUCAGUGUACCCGAAGCACCGGAGAAGAGAGCCCUCCUCCAAGAUCUUGUUACCUGGGACGAAAACUCGUUAUUCAUAAAGGGGGAGCGAGUGAUGAUCUACAGUGGCGAGUUCCACCCCUUCCGCCUACCCUCGCCGUCUCUGUGGCUGGAUAUCUUCCAGAAGAUCAAGGCUGCAGGGUUCAAUACGAUUAGCUAUUAUAACAUGUGGGGGUUGAAUGAGCAGACUAGGGGGGAGUUCCGGGCGGAGGGAGUUUUUGAUAUGGUGCCUUUUUAUGAGGCUGCGUUGGAGGCGGGGAUUUAUCUAAUUGCGAGACCCGGGCCGUAUAUCCAUGCAGAAUCUACUGGGGGUGGUCUCCCUGGCUGGGUAGCUAGAAUACCAGCUCAGAUUCGGAGUGCGGAUCCACUCUUUUUGAAUGCGUCAGAUGUCUAUCUCGCUGGCGUCGGCGCGGCGAUUGCAAAGUACCAGAUUACGAACGGCGGCCCGAUCAUCCUGGCCCAAAUUGAGAACGAAUAUAGCAACUGCCACGAUGGCACCGGCGGCUGUCUUGAGGCUGGCUGGAUGCAGCAUAUCGAAGAUAGACUCCGGGAGGCCGGCGUAGUCGUUCCGACUAUCUCUAAUGAUGGGUCCCCUCGUGGGCGUUGGGUGACAUCUGGUGGCUACACGAUUGAUAUUUAUGGCCACGAUGCCUAUCCGUUGGGUAUUGACUGCUCAAAGCCUGAUGAAUGGUACAACGGCAUGAACAAGAACCUGCCAACGGACUGGGCCGCAUUGCACCAGCAGCAUAGCCCUCACACGCCGUACUCAGUCCUGGAGUUUCAACAAGGGUCGCCAACUGGCUGGGGGGGUCCGAGCUACGAGCAAUGCGCGGCGUUCCUGAACCACGAAUACGCCCGGGUGUUCAAUAAGAACAACUACGGCGCAGGGGCGAGAAUCUAUAACCUCUACAUGACUGUCGGUGGCACCAAUUGGGGUGGCAUCUCCUACUCUGAGGGUCUGACCUCUUACGACUACGGCGCGCCGAUAUCAGAAGACCGUGGCAUCGCACGGGAGAAAUUUAGCGAGAUAAAGCUCGAAGCCCAGAUGCUCAAGGUCUCCCCGUCAUAUCUGCUUGCGAAUCCAUCCAACUUCACCACGGGCAUCUACAGCUCCAACGAGAAUGUUGCUGUUACCCCAGUCCUGGCAAACACAACCCUCAGCGACUCUAAAACGAACUAUUUUGUUGUCCGUCAUGCGAACUAUUCAACUGAUUACACGGCAGGCUAUACUCUCAACCUAGCAACCACAGCUGGUGAUUUGACGAUCCCCCAGCUUGGUCAAGGCACCCUAACUCUGCCCGGGCGUGAUUCGAAAAUUCAUGUCACGGACUAUAAAGUCGGCGACUACAAUAUUCUCUAUUCGACGGCUGAGAUCUUUACCUGGAAGCAAUUUUCGGAGCGAAAUGUUCUCUUGGUAUAUGGCGGGCCUGAUGAGCUUCACGAGAUUGCCAUCCAGGUCAGCCAUAUCCGCAACAAACCCAGGUCGGUAGAGGGGGAUGGCGUGACGAUCCAGCGUCUUGAAGAGAGUAAUAGCGAUGCGUGGAUUGUGCAGUAUACCGCGACGCCACAACGUAAGGUUGUACAGAUAGCAGACCUCUUUGUCUAUCUCCUUGAUCGGAACUCAGCAUAUAACUACUGGGUUCCGGAUCUCGGGGAUGACCCCUACGGCACAAGCCUCAUGAACCCAGAGUCUCUGAUCGUCAAGGCAGGAUACCUUGUCCGCAACGUCUCGGUAUCCGGAGCCGGUCUAUACGUCGACGCAGAUUUCAAUAAAACAACUUCCCUAGAAAUAAUCGGAGCACCCAAGAGUGUCCGUGAGCUCUAUCUCAACAGUGAACGCACAUCACAUACAGUGAACGCACUAGGUAACUGGCAAGCCAGCUUCACAUACAAACACCCGAAUCUCCGCCUUCCUGAUCUUUCCACACUCGACUGGUCGGUUCUCGAUUCCUUGCCAGAGGUAUCCCCAUCGUACGACGACUCGCUAUGGAGACCAGCAAAUAUCACUUCAAGCCUUUACCCCGAAGAGCAACGACUCCCCGUCUCCCUCUACGCCGACGACUACGGCUACCACGUCGGUACCAUCAUAUACCGAGGCACCUUCACCGCAACAACCAGCCAGGCGUCCACAUUGAAACUCACAGCCCGCGGUGGCAGAGCCUUUGCCCUUUCCAUAUGGGCAAACGGCACCUUCAUCGGUAGCUACAACGGCUCCGGAGCCGUCAAGGCCAUCUACGAGACCGCGUUCACCAUCCCAGAGAAUCUACUCACCGCAGGCCAAAACGCAACACUGACGAUCGCCCUCGAUCACAUGGGCCUAGAACAUAACAUUCCCGGCGCGUCAACGGGGAAGAUCGCGCGCGGCAUAAUCGUAUACGACCUCGAAGGCGUGGAAACGGCAGACAUCAACUGGAAACUAACGGGAAACCUGGGCGGCGAAUCGUACUAUGAUAAAUGGCGCGGCCCCCUAAAUGAAGGUGGACUCUUCGUUGAACGUCAGGGCUACACAGCCCCCUCGCCCCCUCUUACGGAUGCCGGGUUUACACCCGGUAGCCCCUUCACUUCCACGCAUGGGCCGGGUAUCUGGUUCUACACAAGUAAAUUCACACUCGAUCUCCCCUCCGAGAAAUGGGAUAUCCCGCUACAUUUCACCUUCAAGAACCAGACCGAGUCUCUCGGUAAUUAUCGCUCUUUGCUGUACAUAAACGGCUGGCAGUUUGGCAGAUAUCUCAGCAAUAUCGGCCCGCAGUCAACAUUCCCAGUUCCCGAGGGGAUUUUGGAUUAUAAUGGCGAAAAUUGGAUUGGGCUGGUGGUUUGGGCAUUGAAUGAGGGCGGGGCGGCAAUUCCAGGGAUUGAGUUAGAGGCUGGCACGCCGUUGUAUACGAGCCGGAGGCCUGUGAAGCUUGUUAAGAGUCCGAGGUAUGAGCGGAGGUUGGGGGCGUAUUAG